AUUUUACGUACUGUGAUGAGCAUGAAAAGCAUCUAACUACUUGUUUCAUUCUUCUUUAGAUAUUGAGAAACUUUGCACUUUCAGCCAGAGGUUCCCUCUUCCAUCCAUGUACCGAGCGUUGGUAUGGAAGGUGCUCCUAGGGAUCCUGCCUCCACACCAUGAGUCUCAUGCCCAGGUGAUGAUGUACCGCAAGGAGCAGUACUCUGAUGUCCUUCACGCUCUGAAAGUCGUUCGCUUCGUCAAUGACGCUACGCCACACGUUGAAGUCUAUCUCCGCAUGUAUCAGCUGGAGUGUGGGAAGUUGCCUCGAAGCCCAUCUUUCCCACUGGAGCCAGAGGAUGAAGUAUUUCUUGCCAUUGCUAAAGCCAUGGAAGAGAUGGUGGAAGACAGUGUCGACUGUUACUGGAUCAUCCGAUGCUUCGUGAACCAGCUAAACAACAAGUACCGGGAUUCUUUACCCCAGCUGGUGAGGGGUUGUUUUGUUUGGGGCUUUUGAGGGGUGAGCAGUGGUCCUGGGGUCAUCAGUGAAUACUCUUACCCCCUGCCGCUGCUACAGUUAGGAGGGAAGCCUCUGUUGCAGGACUCAGCAAGGUUUUCUGUAAGAGAAGGAUGGUAAAUAUUUCCAGCUUGGUGGGCCAGAUGGUCUCUGUUGUAACCAGGCAGCUCUGCUGUUGGAGCACAAAAGCAAACAGCGCACUGGAAAAUGGUUGGGGUUGGCAGUGCCCUGCUACAGGCCAGAGUGUGCCAACCCCUGCUCCGUGGUGUUCCUUACCCUGUUCCAGAAUCCACUGAAUAUAUUGAGAAUGAUCUCUCUGUAUUAGUUAAGGUGUAUAUUUGCAUGCAUAUAAUGGAAGCCCAAGAAGCUUGUUUUCUUUCAUGUAAUCAGAAGUUCAGAGGUGAGGCAGACCAGAGCUGGGACUGUCCUGCCAUGGGGAAGAUAGGACUUCUGCUCCUGUUUUUUUGCUCCAGAAUUCUUUCUCUACUGUUCACAAGGUAGCUGUUGGACUGAUAGUUAUGGCAUCCACAUUCUGGGCUGGAAAGAAGGGAAGGAAAAAGAAAUGAAGGAGCAACUGGGCGUGGUGGUGAAUGCCUGUAAUCCCAGCUGCUUGGGAGGCCAAGGCAGAAGGAUUGCAAGUUCAAGGCUAGACUAGACAACUGAGCAAGACUGUAUGUCAAUGAAAAGGGCUGGGGAUGCAGUUCAGUGGUAGAGCACUCCUGGGUUCAAGCCUAGAAUGGAAGAGAGAAAAAAAGGCGAAGGAGGAAGAGGGACAUGUCUGUCCAGCCUGCCACCCUUAAGCAGGUUUCCUUCUGCAUGUGUGCAGGGACUCUUCUGGUAAGGUAAGAAAGUCUCCAGUCAGGAGGUGUUUCAUACACUUCACUUGCUGGACACCAGAGCUCCGCAGCCUGUGCACUGAGUGUGGGGGGUCACCUUCAGGAUCAUGGGCUUCUUGGGCUAGGGCUGUCAGACCACAUGGCGAUGUCCUGGGAAGUGGUCCAGAGUCAAAGUUUGAAGGACAGUUUCCACUGGAUGCAUAUCAUUUCACACUGUUGUAAAGUGAAAAAAUCUUAAGCUAAGCCAUCUUAAAUUGGGGACAGUCUGCUGCUGGCCUCCACCUGCUGUGGAUUCUGGGAAACAUGGAUUUUAAAAGCUUGGCACAUGUUCAUCUCCUAUUAAAAUGGGGUGCAGUUAGUGAAGGAGGGGUGUGUGGAUGUGGGCCAGGCACCAGCUCUCUGCGCCGUGCCCUGGCUUGGGGAUCCUGACAGCCAAAGGGCACUAGCUUGAGGGGUAAGCCAGUUUCCCUUGAUCAUUCUCUUUUUUCCCCACUUAGUCAGCUCGUGUAUAGGAAUGAAUCUGUCUGUUUUCCUUGGUUAUUGAGUUGUUCAUUUGAAGGUUGUACAGGAUAUGGUUACUGUGCUCUGGGAGGAGGGGGAAUGUGGAGUGGUGGUGGAGGCAGGUGAGCCCUGGGGAUCACUCUGGAGUCCAAAUACUGACCAAGAGGGAGGGUCGUGGGCCCUUCAGGUUCAUGGAGCUUUUAUGAAAACAGUUAUUAUGUAUUUCAGUUAAGUAAAAUUUGAUUUUUAGGUUUCUAAAAUUUGAUCCACCUAAUUGAUUUCAAUAAAAAUAACUGAAUCAUGGAUGGGGAGUGUAAGUAAAUGUAAUGCUAGUUGCCUAAUUAAAUCAGGAGAUCUCAAUUAUAUAUGGUUUAAUUAGCUUUUCUUGUUUAAUAUUGGAGUCAGUGGCAUUAUUUUUUAGGAACGUAAGUAGUAUAUGAACAUAUUCUUAAAAGAAGUUAAAUAAUCCAGAUGAAUCUCUGAUUUCCUAAAUCUUUACCAUCUGCCCCCACCCCCUUACCUUCUCUAAGCAGUAAACCUUGCUGUCACCUGGUGAGUAUUCUUCUAGACUGUCGCGCACACACAUGUGUAAAGUGAUGUUAAAAAGCACUUAAGUAGCAUCAUUCAUGUACAUGUGGCCCUGUAGUUCUUGUGUUUAUUUUUAUUUUUAAUGUAAUGCUUAGAGAAGUUUCCGUGUUGGUACAUAUAGUUUUCAGACCUGGCUUCUUUCAGUACAAUUUCUGCCACCUUUUGUCCUCCACCCAGGUCAGUUAUAUCAGUCUCUAAGGGUGAGGUGCUGGGAUGCUAAUUUUUUAGAAGCUGGAGGCAGUUCUGUAGUGGGAGCCAUUCAUAUGGAACCACUUUCCCUUCUAAUUCACUCAUAGUAUUUCCUGUUGUGAGUUUGACAUAAUGAGGAGGCAGAGCCGUGCUGACAGGAGACCCCUCUGUAAGUUCUCUGUGUGUGUGUCUCCUCUAGGUGGGGGCCUCUAAGCCAGUGUGCAGGUGAAGGGGAGACAUCUUUAAAAUCUGUGUGUGCCUUGUUAAAAUCUUAAACUCCAUGUCAGUUUAUGCCCCCCAGACAGACUAUGAGGUCUCCUCUUUUCAACCCCAGUGUCUGCACCUGAUGGUGUCCAUCUCUGAAGCAUUUGUCCAUCUGCUGGUGAAGUGCUUCUCAUGUUCAGUUGCGUAUCUGCAGUGUUGGGAGAGGUCGAGCAGUUUACAUAUUUCUGUUUAUUCUUUCCUCUCAGGAAUCAUGAGCAUAGUCUGGAAGUCUAUCCUUUACCUAUUGCACAUGUUGGGAAUCAUCCCCAUCUGUUGAGUAAGACUUUCAAGUUUUGAUAAAGUGGAGUUUCAGUAUUCUUUUGCUUGUUUUAUAUGUUAAAACAACCUUUCCAUCCCAAGAUUUAAAAACAUAUAUUCUUUUAACAUUUAAAAAAUGCUUAACAUUUUCAGUUUAGUCUCCCUUCCCAGGGAUUUCUCACAAGAGGUAUCAGACACCACUCUUUUAUACCUGCCUACAACACCACAGUCCUACCAGUGCACUCUCUCCCCCUCUGGUUAGCACACUGAGAAUAUUCUUCAUGUCAGGAGUGCUAAAUUUCCCUUAUUAACCAACUACUUCUUUUCAGCAUAUCAUCUCUGUGUUUACAGAUGAGAAUACUGAAGCAAGAAGAGAUUCAGUCAUUUGCCCAAGGUCACACAGUAACUGGCAGAACAUACUACUUUUUCCCUUUUUUCCCCUCAGAUUCAAAAUGCCAUCUUUAUUAUAUAUGGCAUCGCUGCUUGUACUUGUACCUCUUUUCCAGGUUCUUUUUUCCAUUGAGUUAUUUGUCUACUCUUUGGCCCAUAUAGUUCAGUUAGUACAGAUUUCUAGUAUAUUUUGAUAGCUGGUAGGAAAAGUUCCCUCUUUCUUUUUCAGAAAUGCCUUGGAUAUUCUUGAGUUUUCUUUUUAGGAAUGAAUUUUAGAAUGGGAAAAUCUAAUGUCUCAUAAACUUUGAUUUCCUCAUUGGUAAAAACAGAGUUUAUUUUAGUAAAUACAAUAUAGUGCCUGACACAUAGUUUUUUAAAAGAGGUCUUUGGACUAUAAGAAAAGCUAAACUUCCUGUCGUUGCUGUUUGAUUUGGGCUUCAGGCGAUUUGCCUGUUGAACUUUGGUUUGAACGGUGCUGUCCUGAAAUUCCUUGUUGUCUUGCAGUGGAUCUCUCCCUCUUGGUCUGUUGUCAAAGCAGAGUUUCCGUUAUCCUGGUCUGUUACUUCUAUUUUUGUAGUUUGACCAGAGAAAUUUGUACUCACAAGGUGCAGGCUGCUUUCUCACCACUGUCAAGGAUGAUCGACAGUGACACUGAGGUUCCAAGUGACGUGCUCGUCAGUCACGCUGCAUAGUUUUCAUCCCCAGAUUGCGUCAAGGCUUCCUCCUCACUGGCUUCCAGAAUUCUGCUCUUUGGCAAGGCUUCUCAUGACCACGAGGAGUGGAGGCUAGCCCGAGUCGCGUGGCAGGAAGGCCUCUUCACCCAAACUCAAUUGUGCUCAGUCAGCAGAACACGUGAGUGGUCUUUGUGUGGCUGUCGCCCUGUCUCACAGCCAGCCCAACAGAGGUGUUAAAAUGAGCAGGCAGCAGCCUCUUCCUAUGGGUGCGUCUCUUGUCAGGUUCACAGUCUGUUGAUGAUGUGCUUUAUCAUCUUCAACAAGUUAAGAAUUUGGGUGCAUGGGAAUAUUGGAAAAAAUUUUACCGAAAAAUUUAGAACCUAAAGGUUCAGUGGUAACAGAAUUAUAAUAGAUUUUAUUUACCAUUUGCUGAGUGCAAAGAUAUCAGGCAAUACCUUUCAUUAAAAAUAUAUACAUCCAUGUUUGAAUUCACCUGUUUUCUUAGCUUAAGCCGUAGCCUGCAGCACACAUUCUUUCCCAUCCUGCUGUGAGCCUGAUGUGGCUGGCGUCCUGCCCUAGUGGGAGGUACCGAUACUCCACAGUUUUUCAGGGCUCUGUGCUUCUCCAUCAUGUGCACAUUCCCUAGUUUAUUCAGCCUGUUCUCUGUUGGCCACGUGGGUGUGUCCACCUUACAGUUGUUACAGAGGCGCAGUUACAGAUGAGUGGCUUUGUGCCUACAUCUCUUCACGUUUGCCAGGAGAGUUUUGGUGUAGAUGUCCUAGAAGCAGAUUGGCUGGAUCAAGGGGUAAAUGCAUACAUGACUUUCCUAGAGGUGACCCAUCCCCCUCACAGAGCUCGUGGUCUUCUGUAUCCUCGGGACCAGUGGAUCCAUUCCUCACAGCCAGUUCCCCUGAGUGGGUGUGGUUAGUCUUUGGAGUUUUGCCAUCCUUGAGGCUGACCCAUGCCUCAGGGUAGCUCUAGGUUGUACUUCCUUCUGACACACAGAGUGGAGGCUCUUUUCAGGUGGGUAAGAGCAGUGUGCAUUGUUUUCUAUAGCAUUCUUGUCUCUUUCCUUCCCUAUUUUUAGAAGCUCUUUUUAGGGCUACUAACCCUUUAAGGUAUUUAUUAACCUGGGAAAAUACUCACAAUUUGUUAAGUACAAAAAGCAGAAUCUUAAAUUGUAUAUUCAACAUGAGCCCAACGAAUGACAGACUGAAGUGUGUGUGUGUGUGUGUGUGUGUGUGUGUAUGUGUGCACGUGCAUGUGUGUGUGCAGGAAGAGUAGAUGUGCAAAACACAUGACUGGUGGUUGUCACUGGAUGGUGUAAUUGUAAGUGACCUUUGAAUUCUUUAUUCUUUUCUGCAUUUUCAAGAUUUCUUAUACUAGCAUAUUAUAAAUCAGGAAGAAAAAUUUAUAAGAAAUUAGCAAAAAGGUGAACACUGAGUGAUUAUCAGUAUAUUCCUAAACUUCAUAUUAAUUCAUGGUAUUCACUUACUCAAAAAAUAACAUAUCUGGUGUUUACUAUGCCAAGUCAUGUUGUGAGUCCUGGAGAUCCAGCAGAGAACAAGACAGGUGUGCUCCCUGCUCUCAGUGAGCUUCUAGUCUCAUCAAGGAGAAGAGACAUAACAGAGGAUGAUUUUAAAACAUUCUUCUGUAUCCUGUUUAUUACCUGGGCUGACUUGUGGAUGAAAUUCUCUUCGUAGUGAGACACA